UAGCAUCACAUAUAUACAAGCCAUGAGCAAAUGAUUGUGUAGUUAUCCUUUUUUCCCUAUUUAAUUAUGGCGCCCGCGCUUGCCAGUCACCAUGCCACGCGGUCAAUGCAACAGGCAUUCACAUAAAAUGGGCAUAUUUACAAAUCUUAAAAACACAAAUUGAAUACAACUUUAUUGCUUGGAGGGUAAAUUGGGCGCCCAAAAUGUCGCUGCGGUGUCGAACCUGCGGCGAGACAGUGUACAGCCUAAAUGCAACAAAUCUGUUUGAAGGGGACAACGAUAUUGUGAGGAAGAUAUCGUUUCUGACUGGCAUCUGGAUCACUGACCAGCUGGAUAUGCCCAGGAAUAUAUGCCAGAUCUGCCAAAUGGAUCUGAACACCGCCAUGCUGUUCCGCGAGCGAUGCAUCAGGACUCACAAUGUGCUGACGCUGGGCAGAAGCGAGGUGGCUCCGUCGGAUGAUGUUGACCUGAAAAGGGAUCUAGACGAUCCCCUGGGGAAUGAUAUAAAACGUGAAGAGGAAGAUCAACUUUCAGAUGCCAAGCCCGUGGUUGGAAUAACAAUCGAAGCUACGACCAGAUCUCAAGACAAGGAAAUUCCCAGUAAACAUUCCUCUCGACACAAUUCUUGCGACAGCCCCUCGGUGGACACAGCGCAUUCCCCAGUUGCAGCACCAGUUCCGUCAAUUGAGGUAAUUGCGGAGCCCCCCGCCGCCAUGGAGGCCGAGAGAAAGAGAAGAAAGCGCCAGAAUCGAGUUAAUCAAAACUAUAUUUGCGAUCAAUGCGGCAAGCACUUUAACGACAAGGGAAAUCUGAAUCUGCAUUUGGUGCGCCACACGGGUGUAAGGAAGUUUCAGUGCCCGGAGUGCAGCCACAAGGGGUACAGCCAGUUUCUGUUGAAGAUGCACAUCCGCGUGAAGCACAGAAGAGAGGCGCCGUACGCCUGCAAGUACUGUGAUGAACGCUUUGUGUGCAGCAAUAAACGCUAUCGCCAUCAGAGGACUCACGAGGGGCUCAAGACAGAAAGGACUGAUAAGCCGUAUGCAUGCAACUUUUGCAAUCAUAGGUGCAACAGCAUGAGCAACUUGAGGAAGCACGAAGUCGUGCACUCUGGCGAUCGUCCAUUUCGCUGCGAGAUCUGCGAUGUGGCCUUCUAUCGAAUGUCCAACCUAAGAACUCAUUUUCGUUCGAAAACGCAUAAAAAGAAGACUGAAGAGAGAACAAAUACCGAGCCCGAAAUAUUGGAUACCAACUGAAAUGUUUCACUAAAACUAAUUACGUUAAACUGCGAUCGAUUGCAGCUUUAAGUUCUGUUCAAGCGGAGCAGGAGUAAUGGACAUUUUAUCCAUGCAGUUUAAGCUGUAACCUCAUGCUAUAGUAAAAAUCACGAGCAUGUGGAAUGUCGCAAACAAAAUUUGCUUACAUUAA